UCCAGAGGAAGGAAGGGAGCACCAGAGAGAAGGGGCAGGUGCAUCCGUGCGAGGCAGGAGAGGCAUUUCUGGUACCCUCUCUACAUACCCCCCCGGGGGGGAGCAGUUGCCCCCUAGAAUCCCCUCUCCAGAUACACUCCUGUAUCCAGGUCAGGGGAUCCUUGUGGUUAAAGAGGUUUAAAUAACCCUGGGAAAGAGAAAGGACAAAGAGGAGUGUGCUUUAUUUGGGUUGUUAACAAUAUGACUGCCUGUUUGGUUUCAGGGCAGUUGCCGCAAGGAGAGAUCGUGGUGCCUCACUGGAUUUCAGGGGGACGCAGCAGACGAGCCGCCGACGGAGCAGACAAGGCUCCAUCGCCUGACCACGCAGAGGUGGCCGUGACCGUUGAAGGAAGGGAACUUAUACUGGUGCUGGAGAAAAAUCAAUGGCUGCUGUCUCCAGGUUAUACUGAAACCCAUUAUGCAAAGGAUGGCCAGGCGGUGACCGUGACCCCCGACCACACCGAGCACUGUUACUACCACGGCCACGUCCGAGGGCACGAAGGAUCCUGGCUGGCGCUGAGCACCUGCUCUGGAAUCAGUGGUCUGAUUGCCCUCAGCCAGAACGACAGCUACUACCUGAAGCCGCCCGGAGACUCAGGAUCCGAGCAUCACGUAAUCUACAGGGCAGAGCAUUUGCCGUCCCACGGCGGGACCUGCGGGCACGGCGAGCUGCUCCCAAGCAACGUUGCGGAUCUUGCAAGAGUUUUGAAACCAUCCACUGCACACCUGCGGAGAAGGAGGGAUGCCUGGAGGACAAUGAAAUACAUGGAGCUCUUCAUUGUUGCUGACUUCACCCUGUUUCUGUCUCAAAAGCAAAACUUGGGGCGCACGAAGCAACGGAUCCUGGAGAUUGCUAACUAUGUGGACAAGUUUUACAGGUCCCUGAACAUCAAAGUGGCCCUGAUCGGGCUCGAGGUGUGGACGGAGCGGGACCAGUGCAAAGUGACGAGCGACGCAAACGCCACCCUCUGGUCUUUCCUGCAGUGGAAGAGGUCUCUGAAAGCCCGGAAGAAACACGACAACGCCCAACUUCUGACUGGCGUCACCUUCAAAGGAACCACAAUAGGAAUGGCCCCACUGGAAGGAAUGUGUAGCACGGAGAACUCUGGUGGCGUCAGCAUGGACCAUUCGGAUCUGCCGGUCGGGGCUGCAGCCACCAUGGCCCACGAGAUCGGCCACAAUUUUGGCAUGAGCCACGACACCGAGGGUUGCUGCGUGGAGGCCACGGCAUCCGAGGGAGGCUGCGUCAUGGCUGCAGCGACAGGGCACCCCUUUGCAAAAGUGUUCAGCACCUGCAGCCAGAGGCAACUGGAGAGCUACUUCCAGAAGGGGGGCGGCAUGUGCUUGUUCAACAUGCCCGACACCAAGGAUCUGGUGGUGGGCAAGAAAUGUGGCAACGGAUUCCUGGAAGAUGGGGAGGAGUGUGACUGUGGGGAGAUGGAGGAAUGCACGAACCCGUGUUGCAAUCCGCGGAACUGCACGCUGAAAGCAGGAGCCGAGUGUGCCCAUGGGGAAUGCUGCUACGCCUGCAAGCUGAAGGCAGCUGGGACCAUGUGCCGAGACCCGGCUGGAUCUUGCGACCUGCCAGAAUUCUGCACAGGAGCGUCACCCUACUGUCCCACCAACGUCUACCUGCUGGACGGCUCUGUGUGUUCCUCCGGGGAGGCGUUCUGCAGCAACGGCUUGUGUAUGACGCAUCACCAGCAGUGCGUCCAGCUAUGGGGGCCAGGUGCUUGGCCGGCGCCUGACGCCUGUUUCCAGGAUGUGAACACAGCGGGGGACAUGUACGGGAACUGCGGCAAGGACAGCCACGGCAAUUACGUGAAGUGCGCCAGGAGAGACGCCAAGUGCGGCAAGAUCCAAUGCCAGAGCUAUGCGAAGAAACCCAAGGGGACCAACACGGUCUCCAUGGACACCACCAUCCGGUUCAACGGACGGGAGGUGAAGUGCCGGGGGACGUUGGUCUAUGCGACGAAGGAUGACGAGGGAGACAUGUCGGACCCUGGGCUGGUGAUGACGGGGACCAAGUGUGGAGAUGGAAUGGUGUGCAAAGAACAGCGUUGCCUCAACGCUUCCGUUUUUGAACUGGACAAGUGUCUCUCCCAGUGCCACAGCCAUGGGGUUUGCAACAGCAACCGACACUGCCACUGCGACGCAGGCUGGGCUCCUCCGUUCUGCAAUAAGCCGGGCCUGGGGGGCAGCGUGGAUAGCGGGCCCGUACAGUAUGACAAUCACGAAGCCAUCUUGCUGGGCCUGCUCCUGGUCUUCGGGCUGAUGCUGCUGGCGUUCACUUUCGGACUGUAUUUCUGCCACAGGCGGGAGAACUCCCUUCUGAACAAGUGGAUCAAAGGCUUGAGGAAGAGCCAAGAGACCUACAAGAAUGGGGGCAUCCACCGGAAGACCACUGUGGGGCACUCGAAUUCGGCCUUCACUUUGCAAGAUGUUUCUUCCUCCUCCCCCCGCUCCUCCUCAAAAACUGUGAACAGCGCUUCCCACCAAGCAACGAGAAGCAUUUUCCCACCCAAGUCAAACCCUCCUCAAAGCGCCUCUCAGCUCAUCAACGUUGUCCAUCCCCUCUGCCCCGCGCCCAGCCCAGCGGCUGCUCUCCAGAAAGACCUGAAGCCCUGCCGACCUCCUCCUCUGCCCAUCCACAAAUCCUUGGCCGUUCCCUCCAAGACCCAGUUUGGCACCGAGAACAAACUGCCUCCACCAAAGAAGCCUCUUCCGAACAGUCCUGUCAGGACCCCUUUGGUCAAUCCAAGCCAAAGGCCGCCUCGCAGGCCUCUGCCAGGGAACCCCCUUCUGGCUAAGGAGCGGCCGUCGGCUCCGGGUCAGGCCUUGCUGGUCAUGGUGCCUCCCACCAACUUCAAGCCGGCCAGUGUUGGUUCCACAAGUCCUGUCUCCAAACCACUCAAAUCUAUUCCGCCACAGAGGCCGGCUCCAGGUUUGAAAGUCCAGUCAGUUUCCCGCCGCUUCCAGAAAUGACAACGGUGGAGACGAAGAUCCCAGUUGAUGGCUGGCAAACUUCCUCACCCUCCUUAUUUGCACUACUGCGGUUGACGCAGGCAUUUUUUGCUACCAAAGACAAUGAUUUUUAUAACAGGGGACUGGUUUUGCCAAUGACGAAGAAGGGGGAGGGGGAAACGGUGCUGCCCGAGAAAUCGGUAGUGAGCUGCCACCGACGGCUGGAGUGGCAGGGCCUUUACGCAGCCACCACGGCAGAAACUUGCCGGGCUCCUGGAUCGCGGCCCGUGGCCUCCGCCGUCUAGACCCCUCCGGCUGCAGGUUUACGGAGAGCGUAGUUCUGAUCACACUUGAAAAAUGGUGGACUGUGAUUAGCUGCCUCCUUGUUUUGCACAACCUCAUGGGAUAACCCUUCCUCUUCCUCCUCUUCCUCUGGAGUCCAAGUGCUGGAUAUUGUCCAUGAACAGGUGUCAUGGAGUCACAUGGGUUUCCAGAAAGGCAUCCAAAGGACACGGCGCCCUUUAGCGGCAGCGUCUUUUCUCGUUCGGGUGGGCAGUGAAUUUUGUGUACCUCGUCCUGGAAAGGGCAACCCUGCCUACUGCACACAAAUACUUACAACUCUCUUGGUCCGUUGGUAGGGCUGCCAAUCUCCAGGUGGGACCUGGAGAACUCCUGGAAUUACCGCUAGUUUCCGGACAACAGACAUAGGCGUUAUCCUUCCACAACCCCCACAGCCGUCGCUGCCCCGUCGUCUUCCUGCCAACUGUGCCUUCGACAGGAAGAGGUUGGGAACUCCCAAACCUCCUGCCCCCCCCUUCUGAAGGGUAACAAAGGAAUAAAGGGCUUUUUCUUAUUUAAA